UACGUAAACAUAGCAACACAAAAUGAGUGUGCACAGUCACUUUGCGUAGUCUUCCAAUAACAAUCUACCCAUUUCAGUGAGAAGAUGGAAAAAUUUCAAGUAGCUACAAAAGCCGAUCUUAAACAAGCCGCUAUCAUCGAACAUAAAAGACGGUAUGAAGAAGAAAGAAAAUCGCGAAUAUUUAACGCUCGAAACAGAAUCAUCGGGGUUGAUCAAGACGGCUUAAAUCGACAAAUACUCGAAAAGAAAUUCAUCAGAGAACAAGAAUUGGAACGGGAACGCUGUUUUCGGGAGGAAGAGGAACGACGUACUGAAGUCUUAAAUAAAAAGCAUGAAGAAUUGGCCAAGGAGCGUCACCGCAUUCAAUCAGAAAUCAAUAAUUACCGAAUCACUCAUCAACGAAAGGAUCUGGCAAGAGAAUUCGAUUUGAAUGAUCCGAAAUAUAUUCAAAAGAGUGCACCCGCUCGGAUCAGCGAUAAUGACGAACGCUUGAGUGUGUCCGGUGCACAACUGUUUGUGGGUGAAGAUCUUUCAAACAGCGAUAGACAGAGACUCCAACGCGAUCAACAAAAACUUUGGUUAGAUCACCAAAUGAAAGAAAAGGCCCAAGCCGAUUACGACAGAAUACAACGCGAGAAGAAUAUUCAAGCUGCAAUGUUCGCAUACGAUCAAAGGGCGAAAGAGCUGGACGAUACUGAAAGAGAAAAUCGCAGAAAGUUAUUAGCAGCCAAUGCUAAGUACAAUCUUGAACUGGCAUCUGAACGAGAAAGUAAACGUAUCCAGGAGCAAAGAGAACAGGAAGAAGACAAUCUGGCUGAGAUGUUCAAUCUUCUGUCGAGUGACAUGCUAACAGAAAAUAAGAGCAGUGCAAACAGCAACUUUGGUAUUAACAGGAAAAUUACGGCUAAUUAUCGCGGCAUGACUGACGAAGAGCUGGAUGAAAUUAUCCGUACACAGAAAGUCCAGCAGAUCGAGUUGAACCGAAAACGAGACGAAGAUGAAAUAACUCAGUCACAGUGGCAACAGCAAACCAAUAAUCUUGCAAGAAUCACAGAACUGAAAGAACGUGAAAUUGAGCGAGCCAGAAGGACAUUAAAUCAGAAACUUCAAACCGAAAACAGACAAAUGGCCGAUGAGCAAAAAUGCUAUCAAGACUAUAUGAACAAGGUAGUCUUCACAAAUUCUCCGACUUCGGAGUAUUUUAAUCAAUUUAACACGUCGUCACGCUGAUUCAAUGUUUCUUUUUAUUAUUUUUUCGUCUUUGGGUGUGUGUAUGAAAUUUCGAAAACUUAAAAUAAAAACUUCGAAAUUU